AUGGCCGAGCGGUCUUUUUAUCUGCUAUCCGCGUAUGUAUAUGGCGGAGCGGUCUUUUUUUUACUACCUCGCUAUCCGCGGUAUGUAUAUAUGGCAGACUGGUCUUUUUUACUACAUCGCUAUCUGCGUAUGUAUAUGGUCGAGCGGUCUUUAUUUACUUCCUCGCUAUCUGCGUAUGGCCGACUAGACUUUUUUCACUACCUCGCUAUCUGCGUAUGUAUAUGGACGACCGGUCUUUUUUUACUACCUCGCUAUCUGCGUAUGUAUAUGGAAGACCGGUCUUUUUUUACUACCUCGCUAUCUGCGUAUGUAUAUGGCCGACUAGUCUUUUUUACUACCUCGCUAUCUGCCGUAUGUAUAUGGCCGACUAGUCUUUUUUUACUACCUCGCUAUCUGCGUAUGUAUAUGGCCGAGCGGUCUUUAUUUACUUCCUCGCUAUCUGCGUAUGUAUAUGGCAGACUAGUCUUUUUUUACUGCCUCGCUAUCUGCGUAUGUAUAUGGCCGACCGGUCUUUUUUUACUACCUCGCUAUCUGCGUAUGUAUAUGGUCGAGCGGUCUUUUUCUACUACAUCGCUAUCUGCGUAUGUAUAUGGUCGAGCGGGCUUUUUUUACUACCUCUCUAUCCGCGUAUGUAUAUGGCGGAGCGGUCUUUUUUUUACUACAUCGCUAUCUGCACUUUUUUUACUGCCUCGCUAUCUGCGUAUAUAUGGCUUUUUUUUUACGACCGGUCGUAUGUAUUUUACUACCUCGCUAUCCGCGUAUGUAUAUGGCCGAGCGGUCUUUUUUUACUACCUCGCUAUCCGCGUAUGUAUAUGGCCGAGCGGUCUUUUUUUUACUACAUCGCUAUCUGCGUAUGCAUAUGGCCGACUAGUCUUUUUUUACUUCCUCGCUAUCUGCGUAUGUAUAUGGCCGAUUAGUCCUUUUUUACUACCUCGCUAUCUGCGUAUAUAUAUGGCCGACCGGUCUUUUUUUACUACCUCGCUAUCCGCGUAUGUAUAUGGCCGAGCGGUCUUUUUUUACUACCUCGCUAUCUGCGUAUAUAUAUCGCUUUUUAUCGCUAUCCGCGUAUGUAUAUGGCCGAGCGGUCUUUUUUACUUCCUCGCUAUCCGCGUAUGUAUAUGGCCGAGCGAUUAUCUGCGUCCGACUAGUUUUUUUACCUCGCUAUCUGCGUAUAUAUAUGGCCGACCGGUCUUUUUUUACUACCUCGCUAUCCGCGUAUGUAUAUGGCCGAGCGGUCUUUUUUUACUACCUCGCUAUCCGUGUAUGUAUAUGGCCGAGCGGUCUUUUUUUACUACCUCGCUAUCCGUGUAUGCCAUAAAAUCCAUUUUCCCACCUGGACUGUUCUGCACUGAUAAUCUCUCUCUCUCUCUUUCUUUCUCUCUCUCUCUCUCUCUCUCUCUCUCUCUCUCUCUCUCUCUCUGGGGCCCUCAAUUUGAGAUGCCUGAUCUAUAUACUCUAUCAUAUUACUUAUCUUGGGAAAAAAAUAACCAAAUUUGGUUAUCCCGUUCUGUAUACCUUCAUUCCCUCCUUCUUUUCUCCCCUCCUUCAUUUCUUUCCUCCUUCUUUUCUUCCUACCUUUUUUUCUCCCCUCCUUUUCUUCCCUCCUUGCUUCCUUCCCUGCUUCUUUCCUACCUACCUUCCUUCCUUCCUUCCUUCCUUCUUUCUUCACCCCUUUUCCUUCCUUCCUUCUCUCCAUCCCUCCUCCUUUUCUUCCUAUCUUCUCUCCUUCCCUCCUUCUCUCCGUCCUUCCUUCUCUUCCUUCUUUUCUUCCUACCUUCUCUCCUUUCCUCCUUGUUUCCUUCCUUCCUUCUCACCUUCCCUCCUUCUUUUCUUCAUAACUACUUUCCUUCCCUCCUCCUUUUCUUCCCUCCUUGUUCCCUUCUCUCCUUCCUUCCUUCCUUCCUUCCUUCGCGCCUUCCCUCCUGCUUUUCUUCCUACCUUCUUUCCUUCCCUGCUUCUUUUCUUCCUACGUACUCUCCUUCCCUCCUUCUUUUCUUCCCUCCUUCAUUCCUUCGUUCCUUCCUACCUUCUCUCCUUCCCUCCUUCUUUUCUUCCCUCCUUGUUUCCUUCCUUCUCACCUUCCCUCCUCCUUUUCUUCCUACCUUCUUUCCUCCACUCCUUCUUUCCUUCCCUCCUUCUUUCCUUCCAUCAUUCUUUCCUUCUCUCCUUCUUGUCUUCCUACCUUCUUUCUUUCCCUCCUUCUUUUCUUCCUUCCUUGUUUCCUUCUCUCCUUCUCUCUUUCCUCCUUCCCUCCUUCCUCCUUCUCUCCUUCUCUUCUUCUUCUUUUCUUCUUUCCUCCUUCUUCUUUCUUCAUUUUUCUUCUUCCCUUCCUCCUUCCCUCUUUAUUUCCUUGUUCCUUCCUUCCUUCUUUUCUUCCUACAUUUCUUUUCCUUCUUCUUUUUCUUCCUCCUUCUUCCCUCCUUCCCUCUUUCUUUUUUCUUCCUCCUUCUUCCCUUCUUCUUUUCUUCCCUCCUCCUUUUCUUCCUACCUUCUUUCCUCCACUCCUUCUUUCCUUCCUUCUUCUUUCCUUCAUUCCUUCUUUUCUUCCUACCUUCUCUCCUUGCUUCCUUCUCUCCUUCCUCCCUUCUUUUCUUCCUAUCUUCUCUCCUUCUCUCUUUCCCUCCUUCUCUCUUUCUUUUCUUCCUAACUUCUCUCCUUCCCUCCUUCUUUUCAUUCCUCCUUGUUUCCUUCCUUCUCUCCUUCCCUCCUCCUUUUCUUCCUACCUUCUUUCCUCCACUCUUUCUUUCCUUUCCCCCUUCUUUCCUUCCUUCCUUCUUUUCUUCUCUCCUUCAUGUUUUCUUUCCUUCUUUCCUUCUUUCCUUCUCUCCUCCUUUUCUUCCCUCCUUGUUUCCUUCCCUGCUUCCCUUUCCUUCCUUCUCUCCUUCCUUCCUUCUUUCCUUCCCUCCUCCUUUUCUUCCCUCCUCGUUUCCUUCCUUCCUUCUCUCUUUCCCUCCUCCUUUUUCUUCCUACAUUGUCUCCGUCCCUCUUUCUUUUCUCCCCACCUUCUUUCCUUCCCUCCUUCUCUACUUCCCUUAUCCUUUUCUUCACUCCUUUUUCUUCAUUCCUUCCUUCUUUCCUUCCCUCCUUAUUUCCUUCCCUGCUUCUUUCCUUCAUUCCUUCUAUCUUUCCCUCAUUUUCUCCUGCUUUUCUUCCUACCUGCUCUCCUUCCCUUCUUCUUUUCUUCCUACCUCUUUCCUCCUUUCCUUCUUUUCUUCCCUUCUUUUUCUUACCCUGUCUCUUACUUUCCCACUCUCCACACCUUCCCUCCUACUUCCUAACUUCUCUCUUUCCCUCCUUCUCUCCUCCUUUUCUUCCUACCUACUCUCAUUUCCUCCUUCUUUUCUUCCCCCUUCUUUCCUUCCCUGCUUCUUUCCUUCAUUCCCUCCUUCUUUUCUUCCAACCUUGUCUCAUUCCCUCCUUCUUUUCUCCCUACCUUCUUUCAGUCCCUCCUUCUUUACUUUCCCCCUUGUUUUCUACCCUGAUGGUUUUUUUCCUCCCUCCUCUCCUUCCCUACUUCAUUUCUUCCUACCUUCUCUCCUUCCUUCCUCCUCUCCUUCCCUCCUCUCUCCUUCUUUUCUUCAUACCUUCUUUUCUUCCCUCCUAUUUUCUUUCACUGCUUUUUUCCUUCCUUCCCUCCUUCUUUUCUUCCUACCUUCUCACAUUCACUCCGGCUUUUCUUCCUACGUUCUUUCCUUCCCUCCUUCUUUACUUCCCUCCUUGUUUACUACCCUGCUUCUUUCUUUCCUCCCUCCUCUCAUUCCCUCCUUCUUUUCUUCGCAACUUCUCUCUUUCCCUUCUUCUCCCCCUCCUUCUUUCCUUCCUUCCUUCACUCCUUCAUUUCUUCCCUCCUUCUUUCCUUCCUUCCUUCCUUCCUUCCUUCCUUCUCUCCUUCCCUACUCUUUUUCUUCCCUCCUUGUUUCCUUCCUUCCUUCACUCAUUCCCUCCUCCUUUUCUUCCUACCUUCUUUCCUUCCCUCCUUCUUUUCUUCCUUCCUUUUUUCCUUCUCUGCUUCUUUCCUUCCUUCCCUCCUUCUUUUCUUCCAACCUUCUCUCAUACUCUCCUCCUUUUCUUCCUACCAUCUUUCCUUCCCUCCUUCUUUACUUCCCUCCUUGUUUCCUACCCUGCUUCUUUCAUUCCUCCCUCCUCCUUCCCUCCUUCUCUCCAUCGUUUCUUCCUACCUUCUCUCCCUCCCUCCUUCUUUUCUUCCCUCCUUGUUUCCUUCCUUCCUUCUCUCAUUCCCUCCUCCUUUUCUUCCUUCCUUCUUUCCUUCCCUCCUUUUCUUCCCUCCUUGUUUCCUUCCUUCCUUCUCUCAUUCCCUCCUCCUUUUCUUCCUACCUUCUUUCCUUCCCUCCUUCUUUUCUUCCCUCCUUGUUUCCUUCCCUGCUUCCUUCUUUCCUCCCUUCCUUCUUUCUCUAUGUUUUGAUUUUCUUUUCUGUACACGCCAUCCUUUAA